AUGCUUCCUCCGUUGAAGCCGUCUGCUCCGUCAGCCUCCCUUCUGCGCUUCCUGCGCUCACAGUCUGGCUUUCCGACUGGCUCGGCAGCAUGUGGUCGCCCCAAACCACGGUCCCCGUGCCAUGUGGCUCUCGCGUCGGGAUUAAUUCGAAGAUCCUCAAGCUGGGUACGCCAGGACGUAUUCCAGAGUUGCGCUUCUUUCGGCUCGGGCAUUGCUUGCGUUUCUGAUGCGAGACCGAAACUCGCAGCAACGCAGUCUCCGCCAGAUAUCUUCACCCGGCAUGCCUCCACGAAUCGUCGCCCACUACUUCGGAGGCUGUUUGAUCUCAAGCGGGGCAAAAGUGCCGAUUACAAAAGCAAUCGCAAUCAAGGGCCUGCACUUAUCGAUGAAGGAACUGAGGGAAUCUUCAAUAUCGGCCGUGGACUCGCAGCGAAGGCUUCAAACGAGCUCCGAAUUCGCUGCACGGAAUUCGACAACAAUGGAAACGUUACCUUGGUAAAUGGAGAGUUCCGCAAAUCCGAACUGAUUGCGAAGUACGGCCUCCUUCCUCGCGACCUUCGCAAGAUCGACUCCUCCACUCUACCUCAUAUCCUGGUCCGUCCGAGCGCGAUUCUCAUCAAUCUGCUGCACCUGCGUGUUCUUAUCAAGGCCAAUCGCGUUUUAGUCUUUGACGCAUAUGGAUCGACCGAUUCCUAUAUGCAGUCACUCUUCAUCUAUGAUCUUGAGGGAAAGCUGCGCCAGAAGCAGUCUCAGGCCGCACAGGCUGGGCAGGCGCUACCUUAUGAGUUUCGCGCUCUGGAAGCGGUGCUUAUCAGCGUUACGACCGGCUUGGAAGAGGAAUUCAACGGAGUGAGGGAGCCUGUCGUCCGGGUUCUUCGUGCCCUGGAAGAGGACAUUGAUCGCGACAAGCUUCGACACCUCUUGAUCUACUCUAAGAAGCUGGGUACUUUUGAGCAGAAGGCGCGCCUCGUACGGGAUGCCAUUGACGACCUACUUGAAGCGGACGAUGAUCUAGCCGCCAUGUACCUUACCGAAAGGGCGAGCGGCAAGGAACGCGAGGAAGACGAUCAUCAAGAGGUGGAAAUGCUGCUCGAGUCAUAUCAUAAGGUUUGCGAUGAAAUUGUUCAGUCCAGUGGUAAUCUGGUAACAAACAUUCGAAACACCGAGGAAGUUGUGAAAGCAAUCCUCGACGCCAAUCGCAAUUCCCUCAUGCUCCUCGAUUUGAAGUUCAGCAUAGGUACCCUCGGUCUCGCCACAGGAACUCUCUUCUCUGCUCUCUACGGAAUGAACUUGAAAAACUUUAUCGAAGAAUCGGACUUUGGCUUUGGCGGAGUCUCCGUUGUCUGUUUCGCCCUGACUGCAGUUGUCUGUGUGUACGGGCUCGCCAAACUUCGCAAACUGCAGCGAGUUCGCAUGUGGGGUGAAUCUGGUGCUGGCAGCACUUCCUUGGCUCCGAUUUCUCCGAGGCAUAGCUUACUCACUCAUUCUCGUGCCAACUGGCGCGCCGAUUCCAUCGAACCAGUUUGGGGCAGCUUGCCAGGGGAAGCCCGAUCAGAGCGUAUAAAGCGGCUUAGGGAGAACGCAGCCGCGGCCGCAGCCAUUUCGGCUUCUAGGAAACCCGGGGCCGGUUUCCCGAACACGACUUCCGCCGCGGCGGCAGCCUCUGCUUUUCACACCGGGCAUCAAUCCGCCAGCAGCGAUGCGGACCGACAGCAGCCUGGCCCCGUCAGCGAAUCUGACAUGGAUAGCAAGUCCUCCAUCUAA